AUGAUCCGCACCACUGGACAUGUGUUUCACAUCGAUUUUGCCAAAGUUUUUGGAGACUCUGAGAAGUUUGCUCGCAUUAAACGGGAUCGCGUUCCAUUUGUGUUUACAUCUUCAAUGCUCUAUGUACUCAAUGAACUCUCCAAGGAAACUGAGCGCUCGAAUCCCGACCUCGGCUCGGCACAGAUGCAUUCAUUAGCAAAGUAUCCUCAGACAGGAGUUCAGCGGUUUAUAGAUCUCUGUUGUGAGGCCUACAACCUUCUUCGAAGGCACGCUUAUAGUCUCCUUGCAGUCCUGGAACUAACAUUUGAACAAGAGAUUAAUGCCGUCUACGGCCGUCCUUGA